GCCAGUAUCUAGGGGCAGACAUACAGUUUCCUGAGCUGGCUAACAGAGAAGUAGGAGGAAGUGUGGUGUUUGCCUCUUAUAACCCUCCCCCCUUAACAUCAAUUAAUACAGUUCAGUGGCAUUUUGGAACAUCUGCUAUAUUGACAGCAGUGUCUAAUUCAAUCUCCAUAAUCCCAGAAUAUAAAGGCAGAGUUAAUUUUGACAGAAACACUUCUGCUCUGGAGCUCCUUAACCUGAGACUGGAUGAUUCUGGAAAAUACAGUCUGACUGUAGCAACUAAUUCUGGAGGGACACUUAAAGGAGAAACUUCACUACAAGUGUUCGAAAAUAUAACUAACGUUAGGCUUGUUGGCCCAGAAGAACCAUUAAUAGAGGGAGAAUCAUCUGCUAACAUCACUACUGAGGGAACAGGCACAAUCACCUCUGUGCAUUGGAUAAAAGAUAACAGUCCUCUGUCUCCUAGCAACAGCAUCAUCUUCUCAUCUGAUAACAGAUCAGCGUCCAUCAGUCCAGUGCAGAGAUCAGACAGUGGGGAAUAUCAGUGUACAUAUAGCAACCCUAUCAGCUCUGAGACGGUGAAACUCGGCCUGAUCAUCAACUAUGGACCAGAUGGUGUUUCCAUUCAGGGUGAGGAUGUGGUGGAUUUAGGGGUUCGUGUGUCGCUCUCUUGCUCUGCAAAUUCUGAACCUUCUCCCUCAUUCAGCUGGAGGUUUAAUGGAUCAGACACUGGUGUGACCACAGACACAUUCACCAUAGAUCAGACUGAUUUCACACACAGUGGAGAUUAUAAAUGCACAGCCUGGAAUAAUGUCACUGAGAGAAGCGCCUCACAAAAACAUGCUUUACUAGUUCAAGUCAGUGGAGGAGGAGGAGGAUGGCUGACAGCAGGGGCGAUAGCUGGGAUUGUCAUUGGGGUUUUAGUGGCAGUUGCAGGCAUUUGUGGUCUGAUUGUCUAUUUAACAAAAACAAAUAAAAUCCCAAAGUUACACCGACAACAAAAAGGAAAAGCAAGUGAAGCAGCAGCAAGCAAACAGCAGACUAAGGCGAGAGAAGAUGAAAUGAUUCCAAGGAAGAUGAGUGAACAUAUAUACGAGAAUUUUGAAGAUGAAAAUGUGUAUGAGAAUGAGUAUGUAAAUGUUUCAAGCAGGCCAAAGGCUCCUACUCCUCCUUAGGUGAGCAGUUUUAUAAUAUUUAAUCCAGUUCAUUUCAUUGUAGAGCAUCAUAUGUGUUUUGCUUCAUUAUAAAACAAGUGCUAUUUAUCAUGUUAAGGAAUAAGGAAGGUCAUUUGAUUGGUUUAUUG